CAAUAAUCAAAGUUCAAACAAUAAACGAGUGUAUUUUUUUCUAAAAUGUUACGUCGGUUCACACAUAAUUUGUUUGUCUAACUAAAGCAGAAUUGGGAAAUUGCAUUUAUCAAAAUGUUGUUAAAAUAGAAUUAUAUUGCAAAUUAACAAUAUUUUAAUAAUAAUAAAUCGUCCUCCAGGCUCUAGAAUCUAAAAACUACAUGCGUACCUAAAACAUUCACAAUGCAGUCAGAAGGGGUUCCAGUAGAUCUUUAUAUCUAUGACUUGACUAAUGGCCUGGCAUCUGUGAUAUCACCAAGUAUAGUAGGCCACAAAGUGGAAGGUGUUUGGCAUACAUCCAUAGUUGUGUAUGAGCGUGAGUACUUUUUUGGAGGGCAAGGAAUAAGCACCUGCCCACCGGGUAGCACAAGUUUAAGGGCUCCACAUCAAAUUAAGACCUUGGGGAACACAUUCGUACCAUUUCCAGUCUUCAAUCAGUACAUAGAGGGCCUGGCUACAUCAACAUAUGCAGGUUCAACCUAUCAUCUAAUCGAUCACAAUUGCAACCACUUCUCUGAUGAAAUCGCGCAGUUCCUUUGUGGUGAACGCGUACCUAAGCAUAUACUGUCCCAAGCUGAGAGAGACUUACCGGCGCAUCUCAGAAUAGCCCUUACUUCAAUGCUAGAUCAGCUGGUACCGGAUGGCUCGCAGGCAGUUUACGCGAACGGAGUUCGUCAUAGUCGACAAGACAGCCCCGAUUACCUUACGCUCAAUAAUCAAAUCGAAGAAGCAAGGAUUGCGUCACAGGAGUUGGAAGCUAAACGUAGUACCAUUGCGGAGAAACUUGCGCGAAAGGAGCGAAAAAAAGAAAAGAAAAGAAAGAAAUUGCGCGAACAAGGUGGAGCCGGAGAUGAUGAUGAUAUGGCAGAGGCUUUAGAAGCAGUAGAAGCUAGAGAUCCGGUAUCCCUAGCAGGGCCAAGUACUCGUGACCUUGACGUUGAGGCAGAGGAAAGACGCGCAGAGGAACAACGCAAGAGAACUAGAGAUCCUCCCGUGGUUUACAGGGAUAUUGAUGGAGUUCAAGAGUUUGAAGCCUUCUCAAAGACCCUCGAAGGAGUCGAACUAACAGCAGAAGAAAAGCAAAGUCUGGAGGAACUGCAACAGUAUUUAGUGCAGGGUGAAGGGAGCUGGGUACUUGGUGAUGAAUUCCUCAGUUUUAUUGGCCGUAUCCUGUCCGACCCGUCAAUAAAGACUAGCUCCCGUUGUGGUGUCUUGAGAUGUCUAGCAGCGAGUGCCUUAAAAGAUGACGUAUCACUUUUACUACACCAAGAUAGACGACAACACGCCUUAUUGGGAUAUGCGCACUCGAUUGAUAUGCUGCCAUUAGACGAACAACGUGCUUUAGGCCUUUUUAUGUGCAACUUGUUUGAAAACACGUCAUCGUCAGAGUGGCUACUUUAUAUCAGUGAGUGGGAGUUCAAGGGUGUGGCACUGUCAAAUAUCCGAGUCACUACUAAGGUGUGUGUGCAAUGUAUGCUGAGCGAUCAGACGGACCUACGCGAGUUCGGAACAGCGCUAUUGUACAACAUCGCCAGCAAGGAGGUAAAGACCGUGGUAUUCGACGAGGUAUGCGUGGAAUUGGCGAUGGCGGCCCUACAGCUAACGCAGUACGAGCCGGCUGAGGAACAUUUGUGGAGGACCCUCACAGCCUUAGCCCGGCUGGCCCAACAUUCGUCUGAAGUGCCACAACUUAUUGCUAUUGUUGGACCAGAUCCUAGUAGCUACAGGGGUAGGAGUCCACGCAUAGACGAACAGAUAGACAUAAUAAUGAAGAAAGUUAAGUAAACAUCUAGAAUAGUUAUGGAUUUGAUCCCUUUUAAUGUCGUGAGAAACUUAAUUUAUUAAUAUCGUUGAUAGCUUUUAUAGUUUAUUUGAAUUGUAUUUUGUAAUUUAUUAGAAUCCUCAAGAUUCUAGAUCGAUGUAGUACCUGACGUACUAUAUGUAAGUUAUUCUAAUAUGGUGCAUUUAAAAAUUUAUUGAUUGGUUUUAUAAAUAUAUUGGUAUGAAAU